UAGGCACAGCUGUUUCCACUUUGACAAAGCAAAGGCUUUUAUAUCGGGUGUCUCCACAUCCUCUAACGAAGUGUUGGACGACGGCGCUCGUCAUCACUACACCACUCGGAAUAAAUACGGUACAGAAAAGGCUGUAAACUUAAAUGAAGGACCACACGCGUGUACGCAUACAAUCAUGCUAGAACAACAGUCACAAACACUGCAGCGUGACAGCAAGCCAAGAAACACAAAUGAUACAGGGACCAUUUCAUAACAAAUCCACAUCAGGAUGAUGGAGGACAGCAGGAGCGAAACUUUGUACAUCAAGAACAGGGGCCUUAAGGGAUCCGGGUCCAGAGCCCAGAAAAGGAAAGAAUAUGGGUCUCCUGGAACUUCUUUGUCUCCUGUUUUAUGUGGCUUCCAACCAUGCAAGCAGCAAUUUGCACAAGUGGACCAAGCAGAGCCUUCCUGUGCUGAUGGACCGACGCACUGAAUUUGUAAAGAAAACCUUAUUCAGAAGCCCAACGCUUGAUACAGAUGGAAGCCCGGUGGAAACACUCUGCGGGAUUGAGUGCCAAAGACGUUUACCAGACUUAACUCAGAACGAGCAAGAGAGGAUUCUGGGCUAUGAGACCAUGUACAACAACGGCACGUGUACGCGCACCGACGUGAUGCUGCAGGGUUUGAAUGCAACAAGACCUCCUGAGAAUGCUCCAACUCGCCAGAAGCGGCAGGUUUACGGCGCUGAUGGACGCUUUGUUAUUUCGGACUCACAGUUCAUCACCAAGUACCCCUUCGCCAGCGCCGUGCGCCUGUCGACCGGCUGCUCGGGGGUCUUGGUGUCCCCGAAGCAUGUGCUGACGGCGGCGCACUGCAUCCACGACGGCAGCCGCUACUUGGAGAGUGUGCAACGCCUAAAAGUGGGGCUGCUACAACUCAGAAUGAAAAGAGCGGGUAGGAAAAGGAGGAGGCGACAGAGAGCUGCGAGGAAAGGGAACAGAAGAAAAGUGGAGGAUGAAGAGAAGCAGAGUAGCAUUCAUGAAGAUCCAGUGAGAGGCCAACAAGGAGGCAAGGCACAAGGGGAGCAAAGAAGCACAGGACUGAGGAGGAAGCCCGUUUUUCGCUGGACACGCGUCAAACGAACACACAUCCCUCAAGGAUGGAUGCACUCCAGAAACUCCACCGCCUCCUUGUCCGCCGACUACGACUACACUCUCCUGGAGCUCAAACGCCCUGUCCAACAAAAGUACAUGGGGAUUGGUGUGGCGCCUCCCAGCAUCCUCCCAUCUCGAAUCCACUUCUCAGGCUAUGACGAUGACAAAAGCCUGCUGACCGCUCUUGGGGGCGAGAAGGUGGUCUACCGCUUUUGCUCUGUGACUAAAGAGUCUAAUGAUUUGAUGUACCAGCACUGUGAUGCUCAGCCGGGUGCCACAGGAGCGGGUGUUUACGUUCGAUUGAGGCAAGAAAGCGGGAAAGGGAAGUGGCAGCGAAGAGUGAUCGGGGUGUUCUCCGGCCAUCGGUGGGUGGAGGUGGGGGACGGCGAGCAGAGGGACUUUAAUGUGGCAGUGAGAAUAACUCCUCCAAAAUAUGCACAGAUCUGCCACUGGAUCCACGGGGACCUGAGUCACUGCAAGGAAGUUUGAAAGGAGGACUUCCUGUAAAGCCGUUUGUGUUCAAAUUGUAGGCCAUUAAGGCGGCUCAUCAUUUAGUUUGAUUCAUUUAGUACGACUCUUAGUGUGUUAAGUGGUGAUGUGAACGGGAAACUCACUUCUUUGUAUCAAUGCGGUCAGGCAUCGUUUAAGUCUACCAGCGUAAACAAAAAAAUAUUGGCCAUUUUUGACAUACAGUCAUUCAACAAUCGGUCACAAUCUUUGUUCUGACGGUAAUCCUGGACCAAUGUAACUAUGAGUAGAUUUCACGAUCUCCUCUUUGUUGCCUGCAAGUGAGAGUUCAACUCAAACGUAGCAAAUAGAAGCCAUCUCUAAUGCAGUGUUUUUCAACCUUUUUUGAGCCACGGCACGUUUUUUUACAUUGGAAAAAUCUUGUGGCACACCACUAACCAAAAAUGUUACAAAAUAUCACCACAACCUCACACGUGCAUUAAUAAGUCUAUCCGAGGAACAAAGUAGGACCAAUAUUACAUUGCUCUGCCAGUCUUUACACCACAGACACUCGACAGUAGCCACGUUUUUACAUGACCACUUUUUCUCUUUCCGAAUGACCUUUCGGGAAACAAUGGUAUCCAUAGAAAGGAAUAUUCCAAUCUCUUGUCUACAUGCGCCGUGAAAAUCAACCAGAAUAGUCAAUAGGGCAUGCGCAGUAAAACGUAAACAUCAACAUCACGUGAUAUCGACUUCCCCAAGUUUUUCUUUCACUUGUUGGAAUAACUUCAUAUUACCAUUUUUUUCUUCCGUCCAGUCUUGAAAUUUUGUUUGAAUCAAAAACAAACUUUGCUUAUUCCAGUGCUGAUUGCUGGCCUCCAUUUUUAAAACUGAAGAACGUUUGGAUCUGCAUGUUACGUCAUAUCUGAAAGAACGCACCUGGGAUAAAUUUAAACAGGAAAAGAUCAAAUUCAAUCUUGCUAAUAUUUUAUAAUUAAACUCAGGACAUGUUUUAUAUAGUACAUAUAUAUAUAUAACUUGUGAAUGGCGUAUAGAAGGGUUUAGAUUCUGUUCCACAGAUGGCGCUAAUGCAUACGAAAGCUGCUUUCCAACCGCCAAUAAACAACAGAAGAAGAAGGCACCCUGACAACUUUCCGUUUGAGCGGGUACAAGAUACCUCAAUCGGAUUGGUUAAAGGAAUAUUCCAUCCCUGUUCAAUUCUUUCCGUUUGAGCAAAUAAACCAAAUGCAAUUGGAAUAUUUGGGUCCAUGUAUACUAUUGACAUAAUGGCUUUUGACAUAAUAUUUGCAAAUGAUGAUUAAUAAAUGUUAAUUAUAAAAAGUCAUAUUGGAUAAUUCCUCACGGCACACCUGACGGUUCCUCAAGGUACACUAGUGUGCCGCGGCACAGUGGUUGAAAAUCACUGUUGAAGGCCUCAGACAUGGCGCAGUGUUGUGCAUGUGUUCCCAUAAUGUAGCAAGACUUUGUACACUGCGAGCCUAAUCAUGGCGGACUAAUAAAUGCUUCAUGUAUCAGGAUAGUGUGGGUCAUAUUGCUAAUGUUCUAUCAAUCAAUGAACAAGAUGAAUAGAGAUAAGUGACGAGCCGUGAGGGUGGUUUGGGUCAGUGUAUUUGUAUUUUAUUGCAUCUCAUAUGGGGGGACUCACAUGCAGGUUGGACAGGGAAGAAGGAAAGGGAGCGGGGUGGCCAUCCCCAGAAAAUGACUGAGCAAACAUCUAUCCGCAUUCUCUUUUGUAUGUAAAUGUCAUUGUCGUCUUUAUUUUCCUUUCUCAACACAUAAAAUGCCACAAGGAGAUUAAGAUACAGUCACUUGUUUCGAAAUAAACAACACAGAAGAACAUCCAGCGUACGUAUACUUUGAGUGCUUUACAGUGAGUCUUCCCAGUGAGCAAAUGUACCGCACGGCGUUCAAUCACGGUUUAAUCACAUGCUAGCAUGUCUCAUUGAGCCUGUUCGGAAAAACAAAAGAAGGCGGGACCAGUCGUCAUGCACUCCACACCAGCAGAGAACACCACAGAGCAACGUUUUGUUCAAUACUCUACUAGACUGACAGGUUUUUUUAAUCCAAAAUCAUGCUCCUUUUUGAUAUGUAACUAAAAUAUAUGAUAUUUCUGAUCAUCAAA